AUGCUUUUGUCACAAUAUGAGGAAUCUCCACCUUCCUCCUCCUCGUCCCCACCGUCACACGAUAACUCUUCAUCCAAUAAUUCAAAUUCUAAAUCAUCUUUAUAUAACAAGGAUUCAUCACCUAUCCCGCUAUCUGGAGAUAGUUACAACUAUUCUUCUAAUGAUAACAACGACAACAAUAAUAGUAUUAAAUUGCAUACUUCAUCUAAAUUGUCGAAUUCAUCUGAAGGAGGAUCACAAUCCCCUCCACCCCCACCACCUCCACCUCCACCUCCACCUCCACCCCCACCGCCGCCUCCACCACCCCCUCCCGGCUCUCAUUCACUUACCCCUCAUGGACAUAAGUCACCACCACUACCAAAAAAUGAUAGUGACUCAUCCAACAAUAAUAAUCAUAAACCUCUUUUUAUAGGAAUUGGUGUUGCUGUUGGAUUAUUAUUACUUCUUAUGCUAGUUUUCCUCAUAUCUUUGUGUAAAAAGAAAAGAAGAAGAAGAAGACCACAUGAUCAAAUGGGCUUAUACAUGGACAAUUCUUAUAGACCCAAGAGAAAUGAUUAUAAUGACAACUACAGUGUCCAAUCUACCGAACAUGUUGUUAAGAUACCCCCUCCAACUAAUAGUGCUGGAGUUAGCUCAGAAUAUAAUUGGCCAUUAGCACCACCACCGCCACCACCACCAAUGAGCAACACAAGCUCCUCAAAUUUCUCAAGCACUCAACAACAACAACAAACUCUUAAUGUGCCACCUCCUUCAACGCCAUCAAAUAUAUCUUCUGGUUUUAUUAACCAAAGAAAUUAUACUUAUGAUGACUUGGCAAAUGCGACGGGAGGAUUUUCCAAGACCAAUCUUCUUGGACAAGGUGGAUUUGGAUAUGUACAUAAAGGAAUUUUACCUAAUGGUAAAGAGAUCGCGGUAAAAAGUUUGAAAUCAAAUAGUGGACAAGGAGAAAGGGAAUUUCAAACUGAAGUUGAAACUAUAAGCCGUGUAAAUCAUCGACAUCUUGUGUCUUUAGUUGGUUAUUGUAUUGCUGGAUCUCAAAGGAUGCUUGUCUAUGAGUUUAUUCCUAACGACACUCUUGAAUAUCACCUUCAUGGAUCUGGAAACCCAGUUAUGAAUUUCCCAACUAGGCUUAAAAUUGCAACAGGAACAGCUAAAGGGUUUGCUUAUAUUCAUGAAGAUUGUCACCCUCGAAUUAUUCACAGAGACAUUAAAGGUGCAAACAUCCUAUUGGACAAUAACUUUGAUGCCAAGGUGGCUGAUUUUGGGUUAGCUAAGCUUGCAGCCGAUAACUUUACUCAUGUGUCUACUCGUAUCAUGGGAACUUUCGGGUAUUUGGCACCAGAGUAUGCUUCGACGGGGAAGUUAACAGAAAAAUCUGAUGUCUAUUCUUAUGGUGUUAUGCUUCUAGAACUUAUAACAGGACAUCGUCCUACUGAUGUCAACAGUGACGGUGAUAACUUAGUUGAUUGGGCUAGGCCAAUUCUAAAUCGUGCAAUAGAAGGUGGAAAUUAUGAUGAAUUAAUAGAUCCACGUUUGGAAGGAAAAUUUGACAGACAACAAAUGUUAUGCAUGGUCAUUUGUGCUGCUGCAUCCAUCAGACAUUCUUCAAAAAGACGACCAAAAAUGAGUCAAAUUGUACGUACUUUAGAAGGUGAUGUUGCUUUAUUGAAUGAUUUAUAUAAAGGAUCAACGCCAGGAAUAUCUGGAUCAGGAGAAAGUUCAGAAUGUAAUGGAGCUGGUUCCUCAUAUGGCAAUAUUAAAAAGUUGAAAAAAUCCGAAAUAUCAAGUGAAGAAUACACAAGUAGUGAACAUGGAUCAACUGGUGAGUUUGUCCAGUCCAAGGCUCAAUCUUAAGCAAUAAAUUGUAGACACAA